AUGGCACUAAAUCGACGGGAGUAUUCUAAUGAUCUUCGAUUUGUUGUCAUUCCACAUUUUCUCAAUGGUAAUUCAUAUACAGAAAUUAGUAAAAAAACAUUUGUCAAACGACUCACCGUGCAAUCGAUGAUCAAAAAGUAUAAAAACACAAAAUGUAUUGGACACAUAAUUGGCCGGGGUCUUAAACGAAAAACGACCGGCGCAGUCGAUCGUAUAAUUCAACGUAAAUUAAAAGUGGAUCGUCGAAAUCGGCAUUGUCAGUGA